UUCCAAACCGGAAGUGGGGCGUGAGGCCGCUCUAGCCACUUGGCCCAACUCGCGAGCGCCUCGGCCGGUCUGUCAGGGCGAACCGGAAGCGGCUGGGGCGGAGGGGGUCGGGUGUUCCUUCAGGGCUGUGCUCCAUGGCCAGGCGGUCCGCCAGAGGAGCAGCGGCAGCGGGAGGAGAAGCAGCGCAGCGAGGCGGCGCGGAAGGGACGGCUGAAGAAGAGAAGGAAGAGGGCGCCGCCGCCGCCGCUGCUGCUUUGCUGUUCCAAGCCGCCCCACCAUGAGCUCGUCGUUCCGGAGCGAGCCCAUGUGCCUGGCGCAGCUCUUCCUCCAGGCGGGCUCGGCCUACGAGUGCCUCAGCGCCCUGGGCGAGCGCGGCCUGGCCCACUUCCGAGACCUCAAUCCAAGCACCAGUGUGUUCCAGAGGAAAUAUGUGAGCGAAGUGAAAAAGUGUGAGGAAAUGGAAAGGAUAUUAGCAUACCUGGUGCAGGAAAUUAAGAGAGCAGACAUUCCUCUUCCAGAAGGCACUGUUACUCCGGCUGCCCCUCCGCUUAAGCAGAUGUUGGAAAUCCAGGAGCAGUUGCAGAAGCUGGAGGUGGAACUGAGAGAAGUAACCAAAAACAAAGAAAAGCUGAGGAAAAACCUGCUUGAGUUGACAGAGUAUACCCAUAUGUUGCGGGUUACCCAGUCUUUUGUCAGAAGAACUGUUGAGAUUGAGUCCUGUUUAAACACAAAUUAUGAAGAAUUCCCAACCUUAGAAAGCGAGCCCUUAGCCGAUUACAGCUGUAUGCACAGACUUGGUGCCAAAUUGGGGUUUGUAUCUGGCUUGGUUCAUCGAGCAAAAAUUGAUGCUUUUGAAAAAAUGCUCUGGCGAGUCUGCAAGGGAUGUACAAUCGUUUCUUAUUCAGAACUGGAUGAAUGUUUACAGGAUCCAGAUACAGGAGAACCUACCAAGUGGUUUGUUUUCUUGAUAUCCUAUUGGGGUGAGCAGAUAGGCCAAAAAGUUAAGAAGAUAUGUGAUUGCUACCAUUGUCAUGUUUACCCAUAUCCCAGCAAUUCGGAAGAGCGGCGAACAGUUAUGGAGGGACUCCAGGUUCGCAUUCAGGAUCUUCACAUUGUGCUGCAUAAAACUGAAGAUUAUUUGCGACAAGUUCUGGCUAAGGCUUCUGAAUCAAUCUACACCUGGGAUGUCCAAGUGAAGAAGAUGAAAGCCAUUUAUCAUGUGCUGAACCUCUGCAGCUUUGAUGUCACCAACAAAUGCUUAAUCGCUGAGGUCUGGUGCCCAGUGUCUGACCUCCCAAACAUGCGCCGAGCCCUUGAUGAAGGAUCUAGAGAAAGCAGAGCUUCUGUCCCAUCGUUCAUGAACACGAUACCAACGAAAGAAACACCUCCAACACUGAUACGCACCAAUAAAUUUACCUCUGGAUUCCAGAACAUUGUUGAUGCUUAUGGGAUUGGGAGCUACAGGGAAGUAAAUCCAGCUGUGUUCACCAUUGUCACCUUCCCCUUCUUAUUUGCUGUUAUGUUUGGAGAUUGUGGGCAUGGCUUCUUAAUGUUCCUGUUUGCAUUGUUCAUGGUGUUGUUUGAAAACCACCCUAAACUUCAGCGAUCACAAGAUGAGAUCAUGAAAAUGUUUUUCCAAGGCCGAUACAUCAUUUUACUGAUGGGUUUGUUUUCUAUGUAUACUGGCCUGAUCUACAAUGAUUGUUUUUCAAAGUCAUUCGCCAUCUUUAGCUCCAGUUGGAAUAUUUCACAAAUGAAGUGGCAAAAUGAGGAUGUGGAAGAUAAUCCUUAUUUGACACUAAAUCCAAAUGUGACUGGAGUGUUCAGAGGAGCUUAUCCAUUUGGCAUAGAUCCGAUUUGGAAUCUAGCCAACAAUCGUCUCAGUUUCUUAAAUUCCUUCAAAAUGAAAAUGUCUAUAAUUAUUGGAAUCGUUCACAUGACAUUUGGUGUCAUCUUAGGGGGAUUUAACCACUUGCAUUUCAGGAAGACAUACAAUAUUUAUUUAGUGUUCAUUCCUCAACUUCUGUUCAUUCUGUCUACUUUUGGAUACCUUGUAUUUAUGAUAAUCUAUAAAUGGCUGGCUUUCAGUGCUGAAAACUCCAGGUCUGCUCCAAGCAUUUUGAUUCAGUUCAUCAACAUGUUCCUGUUUUUUGGCAACGGGUCAGACGACAUCCUUUUCCCAGGACAGGUGAUUGUACAGAGAAUUCUAAUAGCUGUUGCUGUGGUAUCAGUUCCUGUGCUGCUUUUUGGAAAACCACUUUAUUUAUACUGGUUGAAUAAUGGUGGCCAAGGAAUCGGAGCUUACAAAAAGGGUUACCGGUUAGUGCGAAGAGAAAGUGAAGAAGAUAUUGCUUUGUUGACAACACAUGAUGUUGAAGAAGGAAGUAGCACUUUGGAUACCAGGCACAAAGAUGAGGCGAAAGAAGAGUUUAAAUUUUUAGAUGUAUUCAUGGAUCAAGUUAUCCAUACCAUUGAGUACUGUCUAGGAUGCAUCUCAAACACAGCUUCAUACCUGCGGCUCUGGGCCCUCAGCUUGGCCCAUGCACAGUUAGCCGAAGUACUCUGGGCAAUGAUCAUGAGAGUGGGUCUUCGUGUGGAUGCAACGUAUGGGAUCCUACUGCUGGUACCAGUUUCAGCUUUAUUUAUGGUUCUAACAGUAUUCAUUCUCUUAGUCAUGGAAGGCCUCUCAGCUUUUCUCCAUGCUGUACGACUUCACUGGGUAGAAUUUCAGAAUAAAUUCUACGCAGGGGAAGGAUACAAGUUCACACCUUUCUCCUUUCAAGACAUUGUCUUACAUUUUGAUGGAUAUGUUACAUAAUUUGGUUGCAUUUUUGGAAUUGUUUGGGAACAAUCAUGUACCUAGAUGUCAUUCCUGUACAGAAAAGAGCAUCACUGAUUGCCUUAUAAUACAGCCAAGUACUCUAUAACCUCCUACCUUGACUUUGCAAAUGUGAGGUGUCUUGUAAACGGGCUUGAAAUAUGUGUCGCUAUCUUGAGCACCCAGAAGUGAACUUAAAAGACUGAUUUCGAACAGCUGACCGCUGCUUCUAAAAAAGAUGUAGCAAAUGAAUCCCCGCAACACAAUCCCUCCGCAUGUUCACCUGGAAGCAAACCUCACAAACGUACAAAGGAUUGCAUUGUUUGUCUUCUUUGUCGUUGCCACUAAUAUUUCUGUCUUUGUCAGAAGUCAAAAGAGAAGGAAACUCUGCCACAGACCUGAAGGUGAAGUUAUUUGUCUUUCAGUGUUUAUAGGAAUCUGUCUGGCUUGGUGUGAUAUGGAGCAAAUAUUUUUUUAAUCUUCCCCUCCAGUUAGAACAAAAGCUUGUUCUAUUUUGGCUGUUGCAGGUCCUGAAUUUUAACUGAAAGAGGAAGGAAGGGCAAACCACUGGAUUUGGGGAAGAACUGGAAAGCAUUUGGUCAAAAUUAUAGUUGUGGGAGAGGCCUCUUAGCAAGGAAUGAAAGAUAGAGUUUUACCCUCAAAGUUCACUCACUUUCUUCCAGGAUCACUGCUUGAAGUUAUUUCAUAAGGUCUUAACUAUCCUAGCUGAGUUCCUCAUGGUCCUAUUCAAAGUAACUGAAUGCUAAGUAUGUGUUUUGGUACCCCCCCCGAGUCUGGGGAUACACUCCUUACUGUGUAAAUGCAGUUAAAUAACUGAAUUAUCCCACAGAUUCUCUUUAGAUACCAGUGAUACACUACUUGUCGAUGAAGCAUGCCACUGCUGGUAGUUAAAACUUGCAAAAUCAGGUUCUAGCUUUCUAUCAGCUGUAACGCAGCAGGCAAUUUGAUAUUCAAUGACCUUUAUUUCUGCUCUUUAGGUUUUUUAAAAAUAAUCAAAAUAAAAUGGGGAUAUUUCAGCGUAAAAAAAAUUGUAAGUGCCACAAGAAAUUGAAUCUGUUUUUUCCCCUUUCCUAUUUGUUUUCAAUAAAAGCUAUAUUUGAGAAGGUA